CUACCGAGCCCGAGUGGCCCCGCAGCGUCCAGGAGGCGCCCGCUCCGCGGUGGCGCUCUUGGAGGUGGUGUCGGAGAGCCGCGGAGUGUGCGGUCCCGGGAUGGCUCUACCCCGGCCAAGUGAGGCUGUGCCUCAGGACAAGGUGUGCUACCCUCCGGAGAGCAGCCCGCAGAAUCUGGCCGCGUACUACACGCCUUUCCCGGCCUAUGGACACUACAGAAACAGCCUGGCCACCGUGGAGGAAGACUUCCAACCUUUCCGGCAGCUGGAGGCCGCAGCAUCUGCUGCCCCCGCCAUGCCCCCCUUCGCCUUCCGGAUGGCGCCUCCCUUGCUGAGCCCGGGUCUGGGCCUACAGAGGGAGCCCCUCUACGAUCUGCCCUGGUACAGCAAGCUGCCACCGUGGUACCCAAUUCCCCACGUCCCCAGGGAAGUGCCGCCCUUCCUGGGCAGCAGCCACGAGUACACGGGUGCCAGCAGUGAAGAUCUGGGCCACCAAAUCAUUGGUGGCGACAACGAGAGUGGCCCGUGUUGUGGACCUGACACUUUAAUUCCACCGCCCCCUGCGGAUGCUUCUCUGUUACCUGAGGGGCUGAGGACCUCCCAGUUAUUACCUUGCUCACCCAGCAAGCAGUCAGAGAAUGGUCCCAAACCCUCCAACCAAGAAGGGAAGUCCCCUGCUCGGUUCCAGUUCACGGAGGAGGACCUGCACUUCGUUCUGUACGGGGUCACUCCCAGCCUGGAGCACCCAGCCAGCCUACACCAUGCGAUUUCAGGCCUCCUGGUCCCCACAGACAGCUCUGCAUCUGAUUCUCUUCCUCAAACUCUGGAUAAAGACUCCCUUCAACUUCCAGAAGGUCUAUGCCUCAUGCAGACGGUGUUUGGUGAAGUCCCACAUUUUGGUGUGUUCUGCAGUAGUUUUAUUGCCAAAGGAGUCAGGUUUGGGCCCUUUCAAGGUAAAGUGGUCAACGCUAGUGAAGUGAAGACCUACGGAGACAAUUCUGUGAUGUGGGAGAUCUUUGAAGAUGGUCAUUUGAGCCACUUUAUAGAUGGAAAAGGAGGUACGGGGAAUUGGAUGUCCUACGUCAACUGUGCCCGCUUCCCCAAGGAGCAGAACCUAGUUGCUGUGCAGUGUCAAGGGCAUAUAUUUUAUGAGAGCUGCAAAGAGAUCCAUCAGAACCAAGAGCUCCUUGUGUGGUAUGGAGACUGCUAUGAGAAAUUUCUGGACAUUCCUGUGAGCCUUCAGGUCACAGAGCCAGGGAAGCAGCCAUCUGGGCCCUCUGAAGAGUCUGCAGAAGGCUACAGAUGUGAAAGAUGUGGGAAGGUAUUUACCUACAAAUAUUACAGAGAUAAGCACCUCAAGUACACCCCCUGUGUGGACAAGGGUGAUAGGAAAUUUCCCUGUUCUCUCUGCAAACGAUCCUUUGAGAAGCGGGACCGGCUUCGAAUCCACAUUCUUCAUGUUCAUGAGAAGCACCGGCCUCACAAGUGUUCUACAUGUGGGAAAUGUUUCUCUCAGUCUUCCAGCCUAAACAAACACAUGCGAGUCCACUCUGGAGACAGACCAUACCAGUGUGUGUAUUGUACAAAGAGGUUCACUGCCUCCAGCAUACUCCGCACACACAUCAGGCAGCACUCUGGGGAGAAGCCCUUCAAAUGCAAGUACUGUGGUAAAUCUUUUGCAUCCCAUGCUGCCCAUGACAGCCAUGUCCGGCGUUCACACAAAGAGGGUGAUGGCUGCUCAUGCAGCAUCUGUGGGAAAAUCUUCUCAGAUCAAGAAACAUUCUACUCCCACAUGAAGUUUCAUGAAGACUACUAGCCCUGCCAGGCACAAUGACUCACGCCUGCAAUCCCAGCACUUUGGGAGGUGGAGGCGGGUGGAUCACUCAAGUCCGGAAGUUCGAGACCAGCCUGGGCAACAUGGUGAAACCCUGUCUCUACCAAAAAAAUACAAAAAUCAGCCGGGGGUGGUGGCACAUGCCUGUGGUCCCAGCUACUCAGGAGGUUGAGGUGGGAGGAUGGUUUGAGUACAGGAGACGGAGGUUUCUGUGAGCUGAGAUCGCCCCACUGCUUUUCAGCCUGGGUGACAGAACCAGAUCCUGUCUCAAAAAAAAAAAAAAAACGACUAGCCCUCAGAGUGUGGAGACAAUGUAAAAACAAGGGAUUCAGAUUCUCUCUAUUUCCUUUUAUGGGUUAUAGAAGUCCCUGCAGUUGGCUGUGUGUGGUGGCUCACGCCUGUUAUCCCAACACUUUGGGAGGCCCAGAUGGGUGGAUCAGCUGAGGUCAGGAGUUCAAGACCAGCCUGGCCAACAUGAUGAAACCCCGUCUCUACUAAAAAUACAAAAAUUAGCCUGAUGUGGUGGCGCAUGCCUGUAAUACCAGCUACUUGGGAGGGGAAUUGCUUGAACCCAGAGGCGGAGGUUGCAAAGAUCCGAGAAAAAGGUAGCUUUUUCUCUACUAUUUGCCUUGGGCCCCCAUUAUACUAUGCGGUCAUCACGUGUUAUAUUUCUUUAUAGAAAAGAUUCUUAUAUAUACAUAUAAAGAGACAGAGAGGCAGGUCUCAACAUGUUACCCAGGCUGGUCUCAAACUCCUGGGCUCAACUGGAUCCUCUCGCCUCGGCCUUCCAAAGUGCUGGGAUUAUAGGUGUGAGCCACUGCGUCAGGCCUAGAACAAAUCCUCUAAAAAUUCACUUAUCAUACUGUGCACUUGGCAGAAACAAAAACAAACAAAAACCCCACUAAAUAAAUAAAUAUUAAUUUAAAGCCAGGCUUGGUGGCACACACCUGUAGUCCCAGUUGCUUGGGAGGCCAAGGCAGAAGGAUCUCUUGAGCUCAGGAGUUUGAGGCUGUAGUGCUCUAUGAUCACACCUGUGAAUAGUCAGUGCACUCUAGCCUGGAAACAGCAAGAUUCUCACUUCUAAAAUAUAUAUAAAUAAAUUAAAUAAAAGUAAAAAUUUGGCUGGGCACAGUGGCUCAUGGCUGUCAUCCCAGCACUUUGGGAGGCUAAAGUGGGCAGAUUGGUUCAGCCCAGGAAUUCCAGACGAGCUUGGGCAACAUGCUGAAACCCUAUCUCUCCAAAAAAAAAAAAAAAAAAAAAAAAAAACUAGCCAGGUAUUGUGGCACAUGCCUGUAGUCCCAGUUACUUAGGACACUGAGGCGGAAGGAUCAGUUGAGCCUGGGAGGUUGAGGCUGCAGUGAGCCAUGAUGGUGCACAGCCUGGGUGACAGAUCGAGACCCUGUCUCAAAUAAAUAAAUAUAAAUAAAUAAGAACCCAUUCGAGUCAGAGCUUCAUUAGUAUUGUAACUAUCCUCGGCCGUGAAUUAAUAUUCCAUCUUUAUUUUGAUUAAUUUUAAACACUUUGUUCCCACCCCUCCCCCACCACAUGACAAAUGCCAGUUAAUGUGUUUAGCUCCAAAGUUACCUGAAGGGCACAGAAGUUAUUUGUCCCACUAUCUGUGAUGUUAAGCAAUUGGGGAAGAAAUAUGAUAACCAAAUGAAGAAAGGCUAAAAAAAAAAUACUGAUACUGCUCUAGGUUUAAACCUGAUUUCAUUAUUGAUGAAUAGACAGUAUGAAAUAGACAGGAUAUUUUGGGGAGUUUUUCUAAUUAGCUGGUUCUUGCUAAUACAGGGUGCAGAGCACACACAAACACACAGAGGCCCACUGAAAAGAAAAAUGUGCCCUGCAUGGUAUCCUAUGGCUGAUGCAAGUGUUCGGGGAAUGGGUUUCUCUUACGUGCACGGAGACAUCAGACUCAUCUCAUACGUGGAUCAUAAUAGCCAACAACUAUUGAGCAUUAACCCUGUGAGAUGAUACCACUGAGUUUACCACUUUACAGAUGAGGAAAUUGAGACUGAGAGAGAUGAAAGAAGUGGGGCAAGCUGAUUUGCCUCUAAGAGGCAAAGCCAGGUCUGCCCAGCUCCAGAGCCCAGCCUCCUAACUAGCCUCUAUGCCCAGUUUAUGGAUCCUGUUAAGAAUAUAGCAUUUUUUCUGGGCCAGGUGCAGUGGCUCAUGCCUGUAAUCCCAGCACUUUGGGAGGCUGAAGCAGGUGGAUCACCUGAGGUUAGGGGUUCGAGACCAGCCUGGCUAACAUGGCAAAACCCCAUCUCUACUAAAAAUACAAAAAUUAACUGGGCAUUAUGGUGCAUGCCUGUAAUCCCAGCUACUCGGGAGUCUGAGGCAGGAGAAUUGCUUAAACCCGGGAGGCAGAGGUUGCGGUAAGCCGAGAUGGUGCCACUGUACUCCAGCCUGGGUGACAGAGAGAGACUCCAUCUCAAAAAAAUAAAAAAUAAUAAAAAAAAAGAAAACAGCAUUUUUCUGGAGACUACCCAUCCUAUUCUUCCCUAUAUUAAGUUAAGCAACAACAGACUGAAAUACCCAUGUGGAAGAUUUGAGACCAGAAUGAGCAGGAUAAAAGUGCAUUGAAGGCAGCCACAGCUGCUGAGGAUCUGUCCCAUCCCAGCCAUGUUUCUGCUGACCGCCUGGGGAUCUGCUGCACCCUCCACCCAUGGCCACAAAUGGAGCAAAUUCAAUAUGGAACAGAUGCCCCUUCCAGAGGGAGGCUCCUAGCUCUAGCCCAUUCCUUUGAGAGAGAAAUAUAAUGCAGGUGGAAAAGCAGUGACAGAUUCUACUCUAGGGAACUAUUUGCUGCCUUGCUGAAGUCUGAGUAAUGUAUCCUAAUGGGAAUGUGCCCUGUUGUUUUAGGACUGUUUUACUUCAUGUUAAUUAAGACAGAACAAUGGUCUUUCUAAGAGAUGGGGGCUCAUUGUGUAAUUAGGCAGCCUUUCCUUAACUGCUGGUUCAAAAUGUAUUACUCAAAACAUUUUCUUACUGUUAUGGGUUUAAACAUUAUUUUUAAAUCGAAUAGUAAAACAAGUCAUCAGAAACUGGUGUGAUCCCAGUUUUUUCACUCAUUGAAUAAUUCAAAUUAACAACUUCAUUCUUUGAACUAGAAUAGCAGCAAAGGGUGGUAGGGUUAUUAUUAUUAUUAUUAUUUUUUGCUCUUUUCUAACAGUCAUUCAAAUGCAUGCCAGUAAUUGAACAAUCAAAUAAUAAUACUGUAUAACAGAUAAUAUAUCCUAUACUAACUAGAAGAUUUUGGGGACCAUUUCAUUUAAUACCUGUUUGCUCAAAGUUUUGGUCAUAUUGAUAGGGUUACAUAUUUCAAC